AUGUCUGAACGAAAGGUCCUUACCAAGUACUACCCACCGGACUUUGAUCCGUCGCUCAUCACCCGAACUCCCAAGCAUCUCCGAGCUUCAGGCUCCAAGCUUCUGACUGUCCGUCUCAUGGCGCCGUUCAGUUUAAAAUGCACUAAUUGUGGUGAAUACAUAUACAAGGGCCGCAAGUUCAAUGCUCGCAAAGAAACUACUGAUGAGAAAUACCUCAACAUCACAAUAUACCGAUUCUAUAUCAGAUGCACACGAUGCUCGAGCGAGAUCACAUUUAAGACGGACCCAAAAAAUAUGGAUUAUGUGUGUGAGCGAGGGGCUAAGAGAAACUUUGAACCAUGGCGUCAAGCAAAAAGUGAAGAAGUGAGCGAGACACAUGAUGAAACCCUAGAUCGCCUUGAACGGGAAGAAAAUGAAGAACUCGAGCGAGAGGAGAGAGAUAAAAUGCUGGAGUUAGAGGAGAAGAUGCAGGAUUCAAAGCGGGAAAUGGCAGUGGCCGACGCACUAGAUGAAAUACGAUCCAGGAAUGCAAGGAUAGAGAGGGGAGAGCGUGGAAGCGGGGAAGAGCUGGCCUUGCUAAGGGCAAAGGCCGAGGCCGAGGAGGCGAGAGCUAGGGAGGAAAAAGACAUCGAAGAGGCAGCCAAAAGAGCAUUUAUGACUGAUGAUGGUGAUCGAGUUAAACGGAUUGUUAAUGAUGAUGAUCAAGACACCGCAACUCCAGCUGAAAUGCCUCCCCCCUCGUUCAAGCGAGUGAAAAAGGCCAAAAAGCCAUUUUCGGCAGGAUUAGGUAUUAAGAAGAAAAGUCCCCUUGUCUGA